GCGCUAUUCCUCCCGUUUCUUUCUUCUCGAGUCGGACGAAACGAUUGAGCCAGUUCUCCGUUCAACCUGAAACGACGGCGUCCCACCAAAUUUGAUCAGUUGAUGUUGACGAACAAAAAGACGUUUGGUUGCAGCAAUCAGCUAAGCCUGAACGCCAUUUCUACACUUCCCACUUUAGCGGACAGCGACAGCGAGGAAGCUCUGCUCUAAGCGCUGACAUGGAGAACGAUACGCCAAGCGCAAGAAUUUCGAAAGUGAAACUGGGCAGUUAAGAAUUGGAGGUUCCCAGACUAGGGUUAGGAUAUGCCGGGCUUUCUGGGUUGCUAAACGAUCCCCUUACCCACGAAGACGGAUGUUAAUUUCUGAAGAACGCUUUCCAUAAAGGUGUGACCUCCUUGGAUACAUCGGAUGACUACGGACGUAAUCAUGAUGAUGAAAUCAUGAUGGGGAAGGCUCUAAAGGAGCUUCCCAGGGAUCAAGUUCAAUUAGAAACAAAAUUCGGAAUCAUUGUAGGUGAAGAUAAGCUGUUUGAGGUAAAGGGUAGUCCUGACUAUGUGGGUGAAUGCUGUGAAGCUAGCCUUGGCCGACUUGGAGGGGACACAUGAUCUCUAUAACCAGCAUCGUAUUGAUAAUUCUGUUCCCAUUGAGGAUGCUAUGGAGGAGAUGGAGAAGCUGUGAAUGAAGGGAAGGUGAAGUACAUUGGACUGUCCGAAGCAAGCCCUGACAGGACCAGGAAUGCUCAUGCUGUUCAUCCCACUACAGCAGUACAUAUGCAAUACUCAUCACGGAGCAGAGAGAUUGAACAAGUGAUAAAUCCUCUCUGCCAGUAUAUAUGUUCUCAAUCCGCGUCUAGCUUAGUCAUUUCACUUGUGUUCAUGCUUCCGGUUCUGGCCUUGAACUUGUUGGAAGAGUCUAGUUGAAUUGACAGUUGUGGAGAGCCUGCCCAGUGGGAGUUUUUUUUGGUGAAUUUGAUCCUUCCAAAGAGGUCCAUGACAGGAACCGGGCCCCCUUUUUAAAUUCAGAACAAGGAACACGAGACCAUGCUAACUAGUACUUAUAAUGCUACUCAGUAGUUCCCUUCACAAAACAACAGAUCGAGAACUGAUCUAAGUAUUGUCACUCCAAAACUAUUAUUGCUUUUCUCUGCAGAAUGGAGAACCCACAGCAGACUCAAAUUCCAAAAGUCAAACUCGGCAAUCAGGGAUUGGAGGUGUCAAGGCUAGGAUUCGGAUGCGCAUCUCUUGCUGGAACGAAGAGUGCUCCUCUUAGUCACGAAGAAGCUUGCUCUCUGAUUGCCCAUGCUGUCAAAAGAGGUAUCACUUUCAUUGACACAUCCGAUCUCUAUGGCAACGAUCAUGAAAGCGAAAUCAUGGUUGGCAAGGCUCUGAAGCAGUUCCCUCGAGAAGAGAUUCAGCUGGCAACUAAAUUUGGACUCUACAUAACCGAGGCUGGUGAGUAUAGAGUCGAUGGGAGGCCUGAGUAUGUACGAAAAUGCUGUGAAGCUAGCCUCGCCCGACUUGGAGUAGACUGCAUCGAUCUGUACUAUCAGCACCGUGUAGAUCAAUCAGUCCCCAUAGAAGACACUAUGGAGGAGCUGAAGAAGCUUGUGAAUGAAGGAAAGAUCAAAUACAUAGGGCUGUCCGAACCCAGUCCAGGCACAAUCAGGAGAGCCCAUGCGAUUCAUCCCAUCUCUGCCUUGCAAAUGCAGUAUUCCCUUUGGUCCCGUGACAUUGAACAAGAAAUCAUCCCUCUUUGCAGAGAACUUGGAAUUGGAUUAGUUGCUUAUAGUCCGCUUGGCGUUGGAUUCUUUGCUGGAAAAGCAGUUGUUGAAACCUUUCCUGACGACAGUGAGUCGGUAAGUGAGAGCAGCAUCAUAGUAUCUAAAACAUAAAUUCAGCUCUAACAAACUAACUCCAUGUUCAUACUCUUGGGACAGCAUGUGUAUCAUCCUAGGUUUGCAGCUGAGAAUGUACAUAAGAACAAGGUCUUGUACACACGAGUGGCCAACCUGGCUACAAAGCAUGGGUGCACCCCUCCUCAACUAGCACUUGCAUGGCUUCUACAUCAAGGAAAUGACAUAAUCCCACUCCCUGGUACCACUAAAGUGAAAAAUCUGGACAACAACCUUGGAUCUUUGGCCUUGACGCUUACUGAAGAAGAUGUAAAAGAAAUUUCUGAUGCUGUUCCCAUUGAUGAAGUCAGUGGGGCGGAGACCUAUGCUGUGGUAGCUGAAUACGUAUGGAAGCUUGCAGAUACCCCAUCUAAGCAAUAAUCUUUCAGGAAGGAAAUGCCUUUCAGCACUUGUAUUUUCUAUUCCGACUGUUCAUGAAAGAGCAAUUUGGUUAUCUUUCUUGCAAACGAAGACAAUGGAACUAAAUUGAAUGGGCAAUAACGUCCUUGGUCAUUUGAUUGGUGCUUUAUUAUUCUAAACA